AUGGGCAAGUUCUUGAAACCUGGGAAGGUGGUGCUGGUCCUGGCUGGAGGCUACUCUGAACUCAUCAUUAUUGUGAAGAAUAUUGAUAAUGAUGGUACCUCAGGCCACCCUUAUAGCCACACCCUGGUGACUGGAAUUGACUGCUAUCCUCAAAAAGUGACAGCUUCCGUGGGCAAGAAGAAAAUCACCAAGCGAUCCAAGAUCAAGUCCUUUAUGAAAGUUUAUGACUACAACCACCUCAUGUCCACAAGGUAUUCUGUGGACAUCCCCUUGGACAAAACUGUUGUCAAUGAGGAUGUGUUCAGAGAUGCAGCAUUGAAACACAAGGCCAGGUGGGAGGCCAAGGUCAAGUUGGAGGAGUGA